AUGGGCGGCCCCGAGCUCCCAUUCGUCCUGUUGGCGCUGGUCCUCUGCCAGGCGCCCCUGGGGCCAGCAGCCCCGGUGCCGGUGGGCGAAGGGACCGUGCUGGCCAAGAUGUAUCCGCGCGGCAAUCACUGGGCGGUGGGGCACUUAAUGGGGAAAAAGAGCACGGGAGAGUUCCCCUACGUGUCCCAGGGAGAUGGCCUGAAGCAGCAGCUGAGGAAACACACUCUGUGGGAAGAGGCUGCAAGGAAUUUGCUGGACCUUAUACAGGAUAAGGGGGACCGAAGCCAUCAGCCACCUCAACUCCAGCCCCUGGGCAAUCGCCAACCCACUUGGGAUUCAGAGGAGCGCAGCAACUUGAAAGAUUUGGCAGACUCUCUGCUCCAGCCUCUCCAGGGGAAGGAAGGGAUGCCCAGCUGA